AUGGAGCGGCCUGAGCGGGUACCUGUCGGCACCGUAGCCGCCUCGUCGUCAGUACGUGGGCUACCAGACAAUCCUGCCCAAGGUCGACGACCGAUUCCCAAUUCCACCGCAACCUCAAAUGGCCCUUCCCCACCGCCGCCGCCCCCAAUCCCGAACCUUCGCAGUGCCGCUGCGAAUGCCACCCUGUCGGCCUCAAGCUCAUCAAUGACCUCGGCGCAGGUGAUUGCCCUGGCUCGAGAAGCUAUGCAGCAUGCCCUCGAGAGUGAAGGCCAAGCUGCCGACGCUGGAGCUGUUGGAACUGGAUUGCGCUCUGGUGUGACUGUCGACCUCAGUCGUAAGGGCAUACAAAAACUGCCCGAGGAAGUGGUGGAUAUUGUCAAAGAUCAGCUUGAACGGCUUGCCUUAUCGCACAAUCAGCUCUCAACAUUGCCUUCCCGAUUCUCCGAAUGCACGUCACUGCGGUAUUUGAAUAUCAGAGGCAAUCAGAUUAAGGAAUUUCCUCUGGCGCUAUGCGAUUUGAAGUCUCUGGAGAUUCUAGACCUAGGGCGAAAUCAGCUUCGAAUAUUACCACACGACAUCGCCAAGCUGACUUCACUCAAGGUUUUGUCUGUCCCCAAGAACCAAAUUCGUGAAUUGCCCAUGUGCUUAGCCGACAUGGGCUCGCUGCAAGUUCUCAAGUUCGAGGGCAACCCCAUAAGCUUCCCACCCAAGGAUGCUAUACGGCCCGCAUCCGGGAGCCCACCAAAUGACAGCAUUUCUAGGGAGACCGAGGUAACCGAAGUUGCCGUCACGGCCUUGUUGAAGAAGUUUCUGAGGCAUUAUGCCACUACGGGGCGGAUGGAGGGUGAUGCUACCGGAGAUGAAUCUAGCGAAGGUGGCUUCGAGGCUCCGCGGUUUCCUCUGAAACGAGCGGCGAGUGGGCGUUUCCCCAUCAAGGUCAAUGGUGCCGAUGUACCUGAUAGGCGUUCACCCAAUGGUGCGGCGCGACCUCCCCCAAUUCCGACGAGAUCGCAUUAUCGAGGACUGUCGCAGCAAAACACGGCAGUUCGUCGACCCGGCGUCAUGCCUCUGACUAUUGGCAGUGUGAAUGAGAGACUUCGCAGCAACUCAGAGACGUUGCUGCGGACCGAUCGCGGGACUGAAGGUCGCAGUCGAAGGAUGGGAAUCGUUUCCAGAAAGACAAGCGACCUUGGUACGUUGGAUGAAAUUGAGGCCAAUAACCGGUUUAGCCAUUAUCGCGGCCUAAGUCAUGGGUCUGCCAUGCAGGGAACGCCCCCCGGCCCAAAAAGCCCAACAACGACAAACGAGCAAUAUCUCCAGCGUCCAAUCUACGUUCGUCGUCUGUCGGUGCUUCCCGAAAGACGGCGAGAGUCCAAAGUAUAUGACCCCGUCGUCGAAGCCGCCAAGGGCAUUCUGUACUCGGUUUUUCAGAUCCAUCCAAUAAUACAGAUGCUUAUGACUCUAACGAGCGAUGGGUCAACCAAACGUUCCAGUCUGGAAAUUGUAGUUUACAACACCAACUCGCACGUUGAAGAGCUGGAGCAGGAGAUUCAAAGACACGAUACAGUUUUGCUGGAGAACGAAGAAAGCUCGGUCCGAGAAAACGAGAACGUAUACCGUGCGUGCCAUACGCUCGUGAGUGCAUAUGGCCACGUCUGCACGCUUUUGGCCGACAACAUUGAUACUUUCGUGAACAAUGGAGAUGCACGAUAUAUUCGUACGCUUUUGAUGUUGCUCUACAACAGCAUCAUGGAACUCCGCGUAACCUUGGCCUCGGUCACAUCAAGACGGCCCGACUUCCAGCCUGCGACGAAUCAAGCUAUACCUGAUACCAGCGAAACUAUCAAGCCGUUCCAGCGAGAGCCUUUCGUGACCCCAACCGCGGAUAGAUCCGGGAUACCGCGCAGCCACAAUGGAGCGACAAGUCAGAACCUUGCCAAACUUCGUGUGGCGACGGAUGUACCGAUACAACACCAUGCUAGUGGCUCAAGCCGCACUGCAAGACUCGCUUCAGCAACGCCACGCUCAGGCGAGUCCUUUUCUUCGUUGAGUAGUCGAGAUGUGUCGACCGACUACACCGGCGAAGAUGCGCAAUUCGAUAAAGUGUUUCUAUCCUUGCAGAAGUCUAGCGAUGUGGUUCUUCGGACGCUACCCAACUUUCAUGUUCAGCUGCAAGGGGGGUUAAGGGCAGCCAUGCAACAACGUGUCCCUCUUGCCCUUGUUCACGAUUGGAAACAGUUGAUUGCCGUGUGUGGUAAUGCGAUUCAACAGACCGAGGUCCUCAGAAGCAAGCUCUCACUCAUCAAACUCAAGGACCCAAGUGUGAGGUCUCGGCCAGCAUUCUGGACCAUGUGUAGAAACUUUGUUGACACUUGGGCAUCUUUUGUGGAGAAAAUCAAGUACUGCUUCAACAGUAUUUCGCUUCCACCCGACACUCGAACGAAGCUGAAACCGAUCCAGUUAAGCAUGAAGGAGACGAGCAUCAUCAUGACGCAGUCUCCGUGGCAUCAUCUGCUUCGGUCAAAUGGCCCUGACGGCAGUUUGAGCGGUCAACACUCUUCUCAAUGCAUCUCCCCAGCACAAGUGCCAAUCACGCCGCAGACGGCUGCUCUAGGACCAGCGAUGCAAGCAACAGUUCAUAGUAUGCCGCACAGCACAUCCUUUGCCGCCGCGUUUCAAGGGAAUGUUUUCGACCGUGCGGAUGCUCUCAUGGCAAAUCCGGGAAUAUCAAUGUCUCGAAGUGGGACAAUUACCCGGGGCCAUUCCGGCUUUAAUUCCUUGUCAUCCAUCUCGUCAAUGUCGUCAGAUGGCAACUCAUCGACAUCAACAACUUUCAGCCCAAACGGAGGCCUUGGCUUAGCAAAACCGACUGGCGGUAGAGUGGCCCUUUAG